ACAUGCUAGCUUGUUUAGGAAGAUAUUUUUUUUGAUCGACAGCUUGAUUGUAGGUUGGAAUGAAUUUGUAUGUGCUUAUUUUCACUCAUCCAUUAUCGGUUCGAUGAAGCUUCUCUGCCUUCCAAUUCAAUCGCCAUUACAGUAAAGGAAGCUGAUUUGAUUUCGAGCCACAAGAUAUGUCGACCACGAAGAUAUACAUAGUGUACUAUUCUUUACAUGGCCAUGUUGAGACCAUGGCAAGGAAAAUUCAACAGGGAGCCAAUUCAGUUCUAGGGGUUGAAGCCACUCUAUGGCAGGUGCCUGAGACAUUGUCUGAUGCAAUAAUGAAAAAGAUCAAAGCUCCUCCAAAAGCAGAUGAUGUGCAAGAGAUCAGGCCAGAACAACUGUUGGAAGCAGAUGGUUUUCUCUUCGGGUUUCCAUCACGAUUUGGGGUCAUGGCUGCUCAGUUCAAGGCGUUCUUUGAUGCAACAAGUGAGAUAUGGCAGUCUCAAGCACUUGCUGGUAAACCUGCUGGAAUUUUCUGGAGUACUGGCUUUCAUGGUGGUGGUCAGGAGCUUACUGCAUUGACGGCAAUAACGCAGCUAGCACAUCACGGAAUGAUAUUUGUACCCCUUGGUUACACGUUUGGAAGCAAGAUGAUGGAGAUGAAUGAGGUGAAAGGUGGCUCUCCUUAUGGUGCAGGAACUUUUGCAGCCGAUGGAACUCGACACCCAACAGAGUUGGAGCUUGAACAGGCCUUUUACCAAGGUAAGUAUGUUGCUGAAUUAACCAAGAAGCUCAAAACUAAUGCCACGUUGGAGACUUUCUAAGUGCUUAAAAAUGUGUUGUUGAGCACUUAAAAAGUCAAUUCAAACAUACUCUGACCGUACUUUCUUUUCAACCUGUAUUAUUCCCCAUCCCACAUCUCAACUGUAUAAAUGUUAAUGGAAGUGUAAAAUUCUCAAAAUAAAGAUUAAUGAAAGUUACUGGAAAUGAUGUAAAUCUAUCAUAUUGUUAAUGCAAAUGCCUCCUCUAUCGUUA